AUGGCUACCCAAUACGCUAAGGACCAAACCCCAGGCUUCUUCAAUGCCAUCAAGAACGUGGCCCUUGUUGGCGUCACAGGACAGAUCGGAAAAGUCUUCACAGAGCAUCUUCUCAAGUCUGGCAAGCAGACUGUGACCGCCCUUACCCGCAAGGGUAGCAAGACCAUCAUUCUUGAGGGUGUCAAGCUUGUUCAUGUCGACUACGAUGAUGAAGCUUCACUUGUUGAAGCUCUAAAGGGGCAGGACUUCUUGGUCAUCACUCUAGCCCUCACUGCGCCUCCCGACACCCAUAGCAAGCUUGUUAAGGCUGCCGGCAAGGCGGGUGUUUCUUAUAUCGUACCCAACGCCUACGGCGUUGAUUUCUACGGCCACCCGAAGCUUGAGGAGGACAUUGAGGCUCUUAAGUACAUCCACGCCAGUGUCAAGGAAAUCGAGGAAGUUGGGUCCAACUGGCUCGCCAUCACGCCUAACUUUUGGUACGAGUAUAGCUUGGGCGUCGGACCUUUCACCUACGGAUUCGAUUUCCCCAACAAGAAGGUCACGUUCUACGAUGAGGGUAAGACCCGAGUUAACACGACCACCUGGCCUCAAACCGGACGCGCGUUGGCCGCUUUAGUCAACAUGAAGAAACUGCCACAGGACGAGAAUGACAAGUCUACCACCCUGGCGCAAUUCGCCAACAAGCCCGUUUACAUCAAGAGCUUCACUCUUAACCAGCGCGAGUUGCUUGACAGUGUUAACAAGCUGUUGGGUCAGACUGAUAGAGACUGGACUAUUUGUUACCAACCUGCCGCUGAGCGCUUUCAGGAGGGUCUGAAUGAACUAUCUAAGGGCGUAGGAACGGGCUUUCUGAAGGCUCUGUAUUCUCGUGCCUUCUACCCCACGGAUGACGGUGUUUUCGAGACUCACAAUGAUCGUUUGGGACUGCCUGAAGAGAGUUUGGAUGAGGCUACACUGGCGUCUCAUAACUGGGCUAUUGCGCAGGUGGGGAAGAAGGGAGAAUAA